AUGCACUCCUCUCUCUGGCUCAUCGCGCCCAGCGACGAGCACGCCUUCAACAGGUCCCUCAAAGAUCUCAUCUCGAGCACACUCCCCUCGGACUUCCCGCACGCACCCAAGAACAACUUCGUCCCGCACGUGACGAUAACGUCGGACGUCGACCCGGCCAAGACGUACGGCUCGUCGCCGCAGGAAUGGCUGGACAGCCUCGCGCUCCCGGACUUCAAGCGCGAAACCGACGAGGUGACGAUCGAGCUCGAGCAGCUCGAGGCCGGCGAGGCGUUUUUCAAAAAGGUCACCAUCCGCGCCCGCAAGGACGGCAACCUCGUCAAGCUGGCGGCCGCGUGUCGGCGGCAGGCCCUCGCGGUGUCGGAGGGCGAGGCCCAGAAGUGGGCGGAGCACGAGUACCUGCCCCAUCUCAGCCUGUUCUACGGCGACGUGCCCAAGGACGACGUCCAGAAGAAACUCGGCUUGAUCGAGUUGCAGCUGGGCUUCGAGCUGGGCAGUCUGUUCGACUGCUGUGGGGGGACGCUGGCCAUGGGCGCAAAGUUGGUGCUCGUGGACACGAGUAAACCCAUCAAUGAGUGGAAGCCCAUGGCGGUGCGGGAGUGCCCUUGGGUCAUGUGGAGGAUGGCAAAGGGGUUGGUGUGA